UCGACUAAAUUUCCAUUGUUUCCAUGGUCGUGACUCGUGAGUCGAGAGAAAAAAAAUUUGUGUUAUUUUCUUAAGAAAAAAAAUGAUAAAUUUAUAUUUAUAAAAUGAAGAAGGAGUAAAAAAUCUUUUAGUUUACAUAAUUCAUCUCCUAUUUGCAAUAAACAUCAUUAUUAGUUUAAUUCUCGACGAUUUAUCGAUCAGUUUUCUAUAACAACACAAUGAACAGAAAUUGCACUGUGAAUUUAUAAUCGACUCAUACUAAUUCUAUUUAAAAGUGUGACAUUCAUCAACGGAAAUUCCAACAGUUCGGAACUCAUUGUAAUUUAUCCAUUUGCGGUUAUGGAUAACUCGAAUGAUGGCAGUGACCCUUCCGAUGGAAGUGACCCACAGGUUUCUCCUGAUCAUGAUCACAAAUUGAAUCUUAUUCAAGCUUUUCUUAAGCAUUAUUCUGACAAGGAAACGGAGAGUGGAGGAAUGUCAAUGCCUACAGCUGAAGAACAGGAGGAAAUGGUUCUGUUGACUGCGAAACGAGAUAGAGAUGGAAACAGUCUUCUGCACCUUGCGAUAAAGGAAAACCAGGCGGAGGUGUUCAAUCAAAUUGUUGGAGAAUGUAAUGUAGACGCGGAAAAUAACAGGGGUGAACGGCCACUCCAUUGUGCUGUAGCGGAUAAUAGAAUUGAAUUUGCAUUAGCUCUUAUCGAAAAUGGUGCCACGGUUAACGUAGAAGACAAGGAGGGAAAAACACCUCUUCACCUGGCUCUGAAAAAUCAAAACGUUCUGUUAGCAGAAAUUCUGUUUGAUAGUCACGCAGUCAUGAGUAAAGAAUAUUUAAACAAAUUUAAACCUCUUUAUUGUGCUGCUCAAAGCGGGAAUUUGGAAAUCGUUAAAUUGCUUAUGACGAACGGAUGUAAAACAGUCGACAGUUAUGAAGGAGACUACAGUUGUCCUCUUGUAGCAGCAGUAAGACAAGGCCAUUUAGAAGUUGUAAAGUAUCUAAUGAGGAAAGGCGAUAAAGACAUUAAAACCAUUACUGUAGAUCGUUUUCAUUUACUUUCAAGUUGUGUCAAACCAGAACGAGUCGAUAUUUUUAAAUAUUUAGUCGAUGUGGGUGUGAAAGCAGAAGGUGAUUUCUUUUGGGGUGCUUCGUUUUGGAAGCGCUAUAACAUUUGGAAAUAUUUAUUAACGUCUACUUCUAAAAUGAAUGCAUAUACAUGUUCUCAAGAGACAGAACUUCAUUGGGCUAUACGUUCAGGACAACUGGAAACUGUUAAAGUAAUUGUAAAUAAUCCAGCAAGCUAUUUUAAAAGUAACUCUCUGACUAGCCAAUUAGCCGUUCACAUUGCCGUUGAAAAUGGCAAUGAAGAUAUACUAGAAUUUCUUCUAAAUGAGGGCUUUUCAUUUGAGGGUUGCUUUAGUGGUGUAAAACCUCUUCACGUUGCUGCAACAUUCAACAACACGAGAUUAGUAGAAUUACUCUUGGAAGCUGGAGCUGACAUUAAUUCAAUAGCUGUUGAACAUCUCACCCCAUUACAUUUCGCAGCAAGUGCUAUACAACCAACUGUUGUUAAAUUUUUAUUGGAAAAUGGUGCUGAUCCUUCUAAAACGUGUCGUUACGGUUCCUCAUCAUUAAAAUUUGCAUUAGAUAUGCUUACGGGAUUAUUUGAAGAUGGUCCGACUAUUACUACUGUAAUGUAUGAAAAACUUUUAAAAGUUAUGGAAAUACUUAUCCCAAAAGUAGAAAUAACACCAGAGUACUGGCAUUACGCAAUCAAAAUGAAGAUUUCGAGGGACAAAAGUGAUUUAAAUUCGUAUGGACAGAAAUCGAACGACGCGAGCAAAUCAGAGCAAGAUGGCAGUAAUUUACAAUUUCAACUUGCAAUGAUUAAAGUCAUAUUUAAUUACCUAAAAGAAGAUCAAGUGGAAAGUUUAUCCCUAUCCGCUUUAAAUGGAAAGGAGGAUAAAUCAAUUGACUCUCCUGAACUCUUGCAAAUUGUAAUGGAAUACAAUGAUUUUAAAUCUUGUUCUGAUAUCGAAAUACGACUUUGGAAAAAUUCCUAUGAGUGUAAUUUGCUUUUAAUUAGUUACGCCGACAGUGUUAAAAAUCUCACAAAUAUAGAUGUUGAAUUUAAGAACGAUGCAUCUUUUCAACUGCACGGAAAAGAUAAGACCGUCUUCUUGAAAUUAAUAGUUGCGCGUCUGGUACUGAUAAUCAAUAAAUAUAAUUCGAAAGUCUCCAAAUUUGGAAGGAAACACAAUUUAAACGAUUGGAGAAAGGAAUGCGGAAAGCAAAAAGUUAGCUUGCAAAAUACAAAGGUUGAUGAGAAUUUAAAUAUCACUUUCUACAAUGUAUUAACUUCACCAGUCAGCAAAUUCGCAACGUUCACGGGGAAUGAGAAUUUUCUUCAAAGCAUCGCAUCUUCCUACACAAAGUUUCCAGCGUAUGCUGAAUUUUUGAAAGUCAGUAUCGACAAAGGAAAAACAAGGAAUGAUUUAAUGGACAAUUGUGUGAAUCAUAUGUUCAAUCUGGUUGGAAGAAGUUACAAAAUUCGAAUUUCAAAAUUCGAUAUCGGCAAAAUUUUUCAAUAUCUUUCGGUAUUUGAUUUACGAAGAUUUUCAGCAGCGUGCUCAAAAAGUUUUUUCAGAUUAUAAGAAAAUUAUUUUUGUAUAUAUGUAAUUUGUAGUUAUGAAUCUACAAAUAUGAUUAUUUUCUACAUUGUUUAAAUGAAUUGUAAAAUGUAAUAGAAUGAAUAUAAUUUGUUAAAAACAAAUAAAAUAUAUUGUAAACUUCCGUGAAACAAUUUAAGUUUACUACAAGAAAUAAAUAAAAGUUUAAAUGUUGACAAAUACUUUUUAU